GAUUCAUAUAAUUUUCGUCCUUCGAUGCGCCAUCUUAGUCGGUGUUUGCAAAUCCACCCCUUUCUAUCGCGUAAUUUUUGGACGAAUGUGUAAUAUUUAGAGGGUCGUUUGACCCUCGGAGUAAAGGACUGAAAUAGUGUACAUAUAAUCAUGACUUCCAAAAUGGGACAGAGUGUUAUGGACCGCGUAACGGCGGCCAAACACACCAUCGCCGGCCAAGGGUUGGCAAAAACCGUUUGUAAAUCAACAACGGAGGAGGUUAUGGGGCCGAAAAGAAAACAUUUGGAUUAUUUAUUACAGUGUACAAAUGAGCCGAAUGUAUCUAUACCUCAACUAGCAGACCUUCUCAUAGAGAGGACUCAGCAGACCAGCUGGGUUAUAGUUUUCAAGUCCCUCGUUACAAUUCAUAAUCUUAUGAACUAUGGAAAUGAGAGAUUCACACAGUACUUGGCAUCAAACAAUUGUUCAUUCAAUCUGUCAAACUUUGUUGACAAAACUGGUGUGCAAGGUUAUGAUAUGUCAACGUUUAUCCGAAGAUAUGCCAAAUACCUGAACGAGAAAGCCGUUACCUACAGGUUGAUGGCUUUUGAUUUCUGCAAAGUGAAGCGAGGCAGCGAUGAUGGCUUACUACGUACAAUGAAUUCAGAAAAGUUAUUGAAGACUUUACCAGUUUUACAAAAACAAAUAGAUGCAUUAUUAGAAUUUGAUUGUACGGCAAAUGAGCUGACAAAUGGUGUGAUAAAUGCAGGAUUUAUGUUGCUGUUUAAAGAUCUUAUACGUUUAUUUGCCUGUUAUAAUGAUGGUACAAUAAACUUAUUAGAGAAAUUUUUUGAUAUGAACAAGAAGCAGUGUAAAGAGGCAUUAGAUAUUUAUAAAAAGUUUUUAGUACGGAUGGAUAAAGUCUCAGAGUUCCUUAAAGUAGCAGAGAGUGUUGGUAUAGAUAAAGGAGAUAUUCCCGACUUAGCAAAGGGUCUUAUAGGCAGUUCAAAAGAACAUGCACCUUCAAGUUUACUUGAUGCGUUAGAAGAACAUCUAAAGUCACUGGAGGGAAAGAAAGGCGUGGCAACAACUGUAGCACCACCACCAAAACCAUCGGGCUAUAAUUCUGCCAUCAACCAAAUAGCUGGUAACAGUACAAUACAAGUAUCAGACGAGGAGAAACGUAAAAUACUGGAGGAGGAGAGCAAACAACUACAACAAUUAAAGGGCUCCAGUGUAACAGAAAAGGAAGGGCAUCAGGAAGGGCCUGUCAUUGAUUUACUGUCCGAUGAACCUCAGGAGCAGAAAGCCAAAGAGACAGGAGCAUCCCCUAGUCAGCCCACAGCUUCCACAGCAAACAACCCCUUUAUGAGCCCCACAUCAGCUCCUGCUGCACAGACAUCACCUGCUAAACCCAGUGCUGAUUUACUCAAUCUAGAUGAAAAUCCAUUUGUGGAGAAUGUGAAGAGUGUUAUGCAGAUGAACUCUGGUAUGAAUGCAUUUGGAGCACCAGCCUGGGGACCACCACCAAUGUCUAGUGGAGGCUUUAAUGAACCAACUUUUGCCCAGUUUCCCAAUGGAACAGGAGGUACUUCAAUGGCAACUCUGGAUCUUUCAACUACAACUACGAGUGCUCUGCCUCUCAAUCCUUCUCCAACAACGGUUCCUUCAGGAUUAGGUCACCAGAGCCCAUCUGUAGCACGAAGUAUGAGCCCGGCGGUUGAUGUGUUUGGUGGAGAAAGUCACCCACCCUCCUCCACCAACCUGUUCCCCACCACAGGACCUUUUGCCACCUCUGACAAUGACCUCACAGGUUUUGAUGCAUUUGGUGAGAUACUACAACCAGCAGGUAAACAACAACAGGGAGAGACACAGCAGCAGCAGGCUAUAGGGAAACAGGACCUCGACUCAAGCCUGGCUCUUCUAGCAGGAAAUAUCAGUAUCAAUGGAGCACAGUCUGUCAAAAAGGCACAGCAUCAGUGGCAGCCUAAAACAGAUCAGAAAAAGACUGGUGGAAAUAAUUGGGCUCCAACCCAAAUGUCACAGGCAACUACUUGGGCUCAGCCCACUUAUCCACAGGCAACUAUGCCAGGCAUGCAGAUGGGAUAUGGUCAGCCGGGAAUGCAACCAAUGAUGCAACCAGGUAUGGUUGGAGCACCAAUGAUGGGUCAGAUGGCUCCUAUGACAGGCAUGCCCAUGACUAGUAUGCCCCAGAUGGGCAUGGGUAUGGGACAACCAAUGUAUGGAGCUGUGAGACCAGGGAUGGUACCCAUGGGCAUGGCGCAGCCUAGACCACCUGUUUCCCAAAGCCAACCAAAUGAUCCAUUUGGAGCAUUGUGAGACUGUCCUAUAUGAAUGCAUGUGAUGUGUGUAUUAGUGAUAUGUUAUGCUGGCAUAAUUCCAAGCAAGCUCAGGAUUGUAAUGAGAGAUUUUCAUCAUAGUCAUGUUAAUGACGGGGGAACAUUGCUUCUGAAGAUGUCAGUAACAGCAAUAAUGACAUGUGACACGCUCGUGAAUCUCUUGAAGCAGUUCGUGUGAUAAUUAUCGGAGUAAAGUCUCCUGUCAAGAAUUCUUCUUGGAAACUACACUUACUUAAUUCUGUUAAAUAUUCACUACUUUGGGACUGUGUAUUUUUAUUAUUAUCAAUUUUAAUAUGGCGAUUUCAUGAGCAAGUUCAUGAAAUUAAACACUGGUAAAUACCUGGUUAAUAUGUCAGAGGGAAAAAUUGAUCAUUACAAACAGUAUGAGGAAAUACCGUCACAGUGUUCAUACACACAAAAAAACUCGUAUAAUUUUUGUUUCUAGCUUCAGGUAACAAAGUUCAGUUUAUGUUCAGUGAAAUUACAGUGUAUUUGAAAGUUCAUAAAGUAUUUGAAGUAUGCAAAUUAUAUAUAUAUGAUCAUCUUUAUUCACAUAAUUUUUACAUUCCAUAUUUAGCUAGCUUUGAUUAAUGUGAUCCAUGAUUUGGUGUUCAAACCAUUUUUCAGGUAAUGUGAAAAUGUUAUUUUUUUCCCUAAAGCAACCUUAACAAAUGGAAAGAAGCCAAAUAGUUUAUGCAAUAUUAAGUGUUUAAUAACUUCAGACUAGAGCUAUGGAAAGUUUGGUCAUUUCAUUGUUACUCUGUUUUGUUCGAAAGAAAUUCUAGAUUUGGCUGGAAUGUGUACUUUGAUGUUCAAGCUCUUCGUAAAAUUUUCAAACUUAUUCUGGUAUUGAAAUUUAUAUUUAACACAUUCAGUUGAAUAACUGUAAAUGUACUUGUAUUAGCCCAUGAUUUCAUUAGCACUUUGAUGAUCAGUUUGGAUACUUUGAAUGAAAUAGUGAGGAUAUGAAAUUAGCAUGCUAUUAGUUAUCCAUUUUAUGCGUCAAAUUUUACAUUUCCUAUCCUGCGUAGAUGACUUUCAACCAGAAUAUUAUUGAAAAGAAAAUGGGAAUUUUCAAAUACUUAUAAGUAGUUCUGUAUGUUUGAAUCACAGUUCAUUCUGCAAUGUAGAAUUUGAUUUAGGUUUGAAUUGUCCUAACUUUAAAGAUGUACAAAGAAAAUGUUAGAAAUGAAAAAGAUAAGGUCAUGUGCUGAACUAUUUGCAAGACAAAUUUGAAAAAUUUGGACCUCUAGAAAGGUUUUGUAAUGGGAGUCUGGGAUACAUCAGCUGAAAAUUUUCUACAUUGUAGAUUUUAAUGAAACUGUUCACUGUUUUAAAUAAAUGUAUUUUCUGUUACAAGAUGAAGUGCAAUGUAUAUGUCUGUAUUCACACAUGAUUAAAAGAUCUGCAGAUUUCAAGUUGCUUUCAAGAUAUUUGGAAUUUUUUUCUUAUGCCAGUAUUAAACUAUUUUUAUCUUAAGAAGGGUAGUAGUAUUGUAGUUUGUAGUAAAUUUACCCCUCUCUUACCCUUAAUUCAUAGGAUAAUUUUCGUUUGUUUAUGCUAAGGCGUUAUCCCACAAUAUACGGAUGCAUAACUUUACGCCAUUACUUCCAUUUCAUUGAACAUGCAGAACUACAGUAAGAUUAUUAUUUUUCUUUCCAUGUAUUCUUUUUUUUUUCUGUUGAUUUUUUAGUGUUAAAUAAUUCAUUUUUGAUGAAAAAGUGAGAACACUAAAACGUAGAUAUAUUGUAGAGUGUGUGAUUUGUAAGUUGAAAUUUCUUGCUCCGUGUAGUUACGUUACUGCUGUAUGUAACUUACGGUAGAUUUGAUGGUGUUGGUUAUUGAAUGUGUUCUUUCCAAGCAUGUAGAAAUUCGGUGGUAAUCAUUGGUUUAUGAAACAUUUGAAGUGAUCUAUGUAAAGUUUGAUACCAUGUUUAGUAUGUACAUGUUAGUAGUUUAUAUAUAUAUAUAUACAUAAAUGAUGAACUUGUGCAAUCAGAAAUGGCGUCAUUGAUGAACACUAACUAUGAACAUUUGCUGAAUGUGCAUUUGGGGCAUUGUAACUUGGACGGUCCCUGCUAAUUGAGUAGGAGUUGGGGACUUUGUAACAGUGAUCACCCUUGCUGAUUGAAUGUGAAUUGGGGACAUUAAAAUUGUGACACUCUGACUGUGGGAUAUUGUAGCUGUGAACACCCUUGUUGACUGAGUGCGAGUUUGAGCAUGUUUUGAUCAUAUUUAUAUGAGAUAACUUAGAAAUAUUAUUGUGAUAUUAGUGUUUUUUUACUCUUCUACAUGCUUGUGUCAAUUCCUAAACUUUAUAGAAUUCUUCUGAUACGAUUCAUCUUGUAUUUCUUCCAGUCCAAAGAUACAUGAGGGGAAAGCUGCUAGCCUUAAAGCCAGCCAUUUUUAGCUCAUCUGAUUUUUUGAAAAAAAAUGAUGAGUUAUUGUCAUCACUUGAGCGGUUGUCGGCGUCGGCGUCGGCGUCGGCAUCUGCGUCGGCGUUGCCUGGUUAAGUUUUAUGUUUAGGUCAGCUUUUCUCCUAAACUAUCAAAGCUAUUGCUUUGAAACUUGGAAUACUUGUUCACCAUCAUAAGCUGACCCUGUACAACAAGAAACAUAACUCCAUCUUGCUUUUUGCAAGAUUUAUGGCCCCUUUUGUACUUAGAAAAUAUCAGAUUUCUUGGUUAAGUUUUAUGUUUAGGUCAACUUUUCUCCUAAACUAUCAAAGCUAUUGCUUUGAAACUUAAAAUACUUGUUCACCAUCAUAAGCAGACCCUGUACAUCAAGAAACAUAACUCCAUCUUGCUUUUUGCAAGAUUUAUUGCCCCUUUUGGACUUAGAAAAUCAGUUUUCUUGGUUAAGUUUUAUGUUUAGGUCAGCUUUUAUCCUAAACUAUCAAAGCUAUUGCUUUAAAACUUGCAACACUUGUUCACCAUCAUAAGUUGACCCUGUACAGCAAGAAACAUAACUCCAUCCUGCUUUUUGCAAGAUUUAUGGCCCCUUUUGGACUUAGAAAAUAUCAGAUUUCUUGGUUAAGUUUUAUGUUUUGGUCAACUUUUUCUCUUAAACUACAAAAGCUAUUGCUUUGAAACUUGCAACACUUGUUGACCAUCAUAAGCUGACCCUGUACAGCAAGCAACAUAACUCCAUCCUGCUUUUUGCAAUAAUUAUUGCCCCUUUUGGACUUAGAAAAUCAUUUUCUUGGUUGAGUAUUAUGUUUAAGUCAACUUUUCUCAUAAACUAUCAAAGCUAUUGCUUUAAAACUUGCAACAGUUUUUCACCAUCAUAAGUGGACACUGAACAUCAAGAAACAUAACUCUAUCCUGCUUUUUGCAAGAAUGAUGGCCCUUUUUAGACUUAGAAAAUCAUGGGUAGGACAAUAUUUCUAUUACACAAAAAAAAUCAGAUGAGCGUCAGCACCCGCAAGGCGGUGCUCUUGUUCUGAGAUGUGUUUUUUUUAUUUUAUAUAGGCUUUAUUCCUUAUAAAUGACCAUUGUAAUCUGGGUUAGAAACACCCUAUAACUGAGAGCUUAAUUACUUUUACACACAGCAGAAUAAUUCAUUUGAGCUGAAAUACAGACCAAGAAAGGACUUGAGAUCUAUGUCAAAGUUUUCAACUUUCAAAAGUACUUUGAUUUACUAGCAGUUUCCAAAGGUAAAAUCAAAGAGAUUUUUGAGGUCUGGGCUGUUUUUAUUUAUAAAACAAGUUGUAGAGUCUGUAAAGUUCGUUUAAAAACCAUCCAGUGUACUAACCAAAAUAUCAAGGAUAAGGAAUGUAAAUGUACUUCAAAAUAUACAAAUAAAGAUCAACUUAUAUUAAACAAACAGUUCAUACAGGGUUACAAACUGUUUAAAAAACAAGUUUAUAUCUUUGGGGCAUGCAACUUCAGUAAGAAAAAAUUUUCUGUGACAAUAACUACCGUAAAAACUUGAAUAUAUUACGCUAGCAUGUAUAUUACGCACCCCCAAUCUUGUAUCAGAAUCUUGGGACAACACAUACAUUGGAAUAUAAUAUGCAUGGAAAAUCAGUCUGAGAGUUUUGUUUACAAUCGGCCAUUUCUAUCUUGUGCAACAACAACUUCGCAUGAAAAUCGCACUUAACUGGUUACAGACAUCUAAAAAUGUCAUCAGUAAUUAUAGGUGCUCUGAGAACAUGACACUUUCUCAAACUGUCAACACCUCAGCAAGCUUUAUACAUGCAAACAAAUAUUGCAUAAUUACGGGCAUCAAAGGAGAAGUGUUUUUUUUUUUUUUUAAACAAUGUGUGGUCGACUGUAUUGAUCAGUAAUAAUUGGCCCAUUAUCCAUCGCUGUUUGAUAUGUAUGGCAAUUGACCGAUAUCUUGAACACAUGGCUGCUUAAAUGAUAAAUUAUAAAUUAGAAAUUAAAAAAGAAAAUAUGCAAUUAAAACCAUCUGUAUAGUAUAUCACCAUAGGUUCGGUAGCUUACCUGCUUUUAGACCUAGCCGAAAGCACUCUCUUCCAUAGGAGAUGCAUAUAACGUAAACACCAGACAGCUCACAAAAAUUGUCUGAUUUUCGGUGAUAUUUACAUGCUAUCAAACUAAGAAAAAAUGUAUGAAGCCCUACUUUGGUGUAUAAUGCACACUCCCUUGUAAAAAUGAAAAAAUAGUAAAAAACAUACGUAAUAUAUUCAAAUGUUUACGGUAGUUGGAGCAAUAAUAUAUGCAAAAUGUGGUGCAACUGAGACUAUGUACAUGUAUAUAUAAUACUGUGUAUUUAUUCACUAUACUUGAAGUAUAUCUUGUAGUCUUCAUCAUUGGGUAAAGAAACAUGCACACAUAGCUCUUGCAGUCUUCAUUAAGAUUUUUUCCACCAUUGUUAUGUAGUAUUUAUGUAUAAAUGUUUUUACAAGUUGUUGAUAAAGUGACCAAAUGUCUUCUUUUUUUCACCUUUUUGUCUUUAUACUUUGUUCAUUUAAUGUGCAUCAAGAUUUUUUGUUAGCUUCUUCAAAUUAACUUUGUAAAUAUGCAUCUAUCUAUACACAUACAAUGUAUAUAUUUAAGUUAUAUCUAUACACUGGUUAUAUGUAGCCAUUUCUGUGUUUAUAGCAGUAAUAUUACAGAUUGUAUAGUUGACUGUGACUACAAGACUGGAAUUAUUGAUAUAUUAUGUGCUAUAUAUUCUAUGCUUUUUAUAAACUUGGAGUUUCUUACAAAUUAACACUUAGAGAUAAACUGUUCAGUACAGUCAAACUUCGUUAACUCGAACUCGGAUAAUUCGUACAUCACCCAUCUCGAACUCGUCGUCAGGCCACGGAAAAAUCCCAGUAUAAUGAAUUUUGUUCGAUAACUCGAACAACAGAUCACUCGAAUGAAUUUUGCUGGUCCCGUCGAGUUCGAGUUAAUGAAGUUCGCCUGUAUAAUAUUAGAAAAGCUUAUGCAAUCAGACCUGUGCUGAGGAUCCUCUCUUAAUCAGAGACCCAUAUUUUAAGGUCAGAUUUAAUCUGAUAGAUGGACUGAAAAUUAAGUUGUGAAUUCAGACAGCCUGCACACUAAGACCACUUUCUGGCUCUUCUCAGCAAGAUCAUUAUGUGUAGGUUUUAUUGUAUAGGUUUAAAAGAUAAAUUGAGCACGUCAUGUUUUAAGCAAAUUGAGUGAAGAGACAAAACAGAUAAUUCUAUUUUCUCUGACAUAUUUGGUAUACCACUUGCUUUAGUUAGAUGGUUUAUUGUUACAUAAAUUAUAAUAUGUCAUUAGUAAAUCAAAGGUUAAAUGAAUGAGCAAGGUCAACAAAAGUAAAUAUUGUUACAUACAUUUAUUAACAAGCAUGCAUUCUGAUAGAUUUUAUUUUGCUUCUGUUGUUUUGUUCGCAUGCAUGGACUUUCUGUACAGUAUUAAUUAGAAAUUAUAACAUUGUACAGAAGAAUUUAACUAUUGUUGAAAAGGCUUUGUAACAGGCAAGAUGAUAACUGUUUGAGGAAAUGUUGUAAUACCUUUUGAAGACAUAUCUGAUCAAAUUUAAGUUGGAUAUCCAGUAAACACUAUACACCUUGGCCAUCUUACCUGUAUGCUGUUUUGUAGCUUUAAUAAUUUUAUUUAUUACUUUUGAGAAUUAUAUUUAUAAAGCACACACAUAAUAAAUUUAGUGUUCAAAUUAAAGAACAAUGAAAUGCUAGUCACCAUACAUUGAGUUAACUACCGGAUGAUACAGAAGUCUAGUGCCAUAGCAGUAAUUUAGUAUUCACUAUAUAUAUUAAAGUAUGGCAGACAUAAUACUUACAGAUUGUACGAUACAUUAAUAGUUUAGUACACUUCAUUAGGUGAUUGUAUUUUAUUGAAAAACGAGUAUUCUCUCUAUGUAUCACUUUAAUAACUAAGUCAAUGUAACCUGUUAACCCUUAGAAUGCUAGACGCGAUUGGUUCUGCCUUUGCAAUCAGUGUAGAUCAUGAUCAGCCUGCACAUCUGUGCAGUCUGAUCAAGAUCUGCACUGUUUGCUAAUCGGUCAGUAAUCUUUUUGGUGAGCACCCCUUUUAACAGUUAAUGGUACUGUCCAAAUUCACAGAUGGACAAGUUCAUUAUAGAAAUUUAGCAGGAUAAGGGUUAAAUAUUUAACAGGUUCUUCAAAAUUGUUUGCUUUCUAGCUUUUUGUAAAUUUUUGCCAGACAAGCUCUAAGCCUACAGUAUGUUUCUAGGUAGUCAUAAUGCACAUAUUCCCUGGCAACGAUGAUCAGUAUUUCUACAAAGAUUUCUACAUUAACUACACCAGGGGAGACUACUCUAGAUUACUGGGUGUGACAUUAUUGUUGAUGGUAGAUUUUGUUGUUGAUAUUACAGAGCAUAAAUCAUUGGUUUAUUUUUCAGUGACAGUGCAUACAUUAUGUUAAUGUUAUUAUAAUUGUUAUUAGCGCUAUAAUCAUGUCACAAAAUGUUGUGUACCAUAGACAAUGAAUAAAAUAUUAAAAAGUA